UGUUCCCCCCCCCGGGAAGCCUUUAUUCUCGGUUCUGUCUGUGGGGUUCGAGUCGCAGAGGGAAGAUAAGGAAGAGCUUGUGCCCAGCCGGUUGGUCGGGACGGCCUGGCGGUCCCUGAAGGGGCUACAGGAGAGCUGCGGAGGGGCUGUCCACAAAGGCUCGUGGGGAUAGAACGAGGGCAGUGGGUGCAAACUGCAGAGGGGCAUAUUUAGACUGGACAUAAGGAGGAAUUUCCUGACGCUGAGGGCGGUGAGGCCUUGGCCCUGGCUGCCCCAUCCCUGGAGGGGUUCCAGGCCAAGUUGGAUGGGCUUUGGAGCCCCUGAUCCAGUGGGAGGUGUCCCUGCCCGUGGCAGGGGGUUGGAACUAAAUGAUCUUGAAGGUCCCUUCCAACCCAACCCAUUCUGUGACACGGCACUGUGGUGCAGGACUUGGCGCGGUGGGCCCUGAGGUCAGCCCAUGACAGCCUGGGAGCCCCCUCUUCUUUUAUCUCGUGCUCUGUGUGUGCUAUCCAGCUCUGGGAGAAUUAACAAGCAAUGCCACGCUGUGUCCCGCUGGUGUAGCCGGUCUGUUCUUGUGUCUCCUCUGCAGUCGCACACUUGUAGCCACUAGAAAUGUCUGAAACCCAUUUGCCUUCUGAGUCACAAAAUGCCAACACCUGUGCCUUCACCAGUUCCACGUAAAGGCUGACUAUUAAGAGGAGGAAGGGGAUAGUUGUGCAUGAUUUCAUUGUAGUUCAAUUAAAGAGCACGUCUUCUGGGAAAGGAAGUGUGGUACCUCAACUUCUAAUUGAACCGAUUUCAUAAACAAGGAAGAAGAGAGCUGUCCUUGUGGAAGAUGAAGUUUGUUUUGGGAAUUCAUCGUAAUGCGCUGGCAUAUUCCAUGACUACGUUGGGUGCUGGGAUGAUGAACAGUAUCUUUAAUUUCUACUACGUUAAGCUUUUCCUAAACCGAUACAAAAUUUCAGAAGUAGCAUUUCAUCAAGCACAGGUUGUAUUUAUGAUAUGGAAUGCCAUCAAUGAUCCUCUUUUUGGUUAUAUUCAAGACAAUUCCAAAUUCGCGUGCUGCUCAAGACGCCAGUUUUCCAUUUUAUAUGGAGCUCCUCUAUAUGCAUUAGCCUUUUUGCUUCCUUGGUUUCCUUGGAAACAUUAUGAGGAAGGUGACUGGUUAAGUGGUCUUCACCUCAUUGUUGCAUUAUGUGCUUUUGAUGGUUUGCUUACAUUUGUGCUUCUAGCACAGUGUGCACUCUUCGCAGAAAUUUCAACAAGACAUGAAAGUAGGCUUCAGCUUAUUAAAUACAACCAAGUUGCAACAUUAAUCGGAUCAACAAGCAUUCUGUUUUGUGGUCUCAUAUCAGAUAAUAUGGAAAACUUUGCCUAUUUUCAGGCUUUUGCUGUUUUGGUCGCAGUAUUAGCUACGGCUUGUAUGUGUUACACAGGCAAAUACAGUACCAGUCAGUAUGAGCAGCGAGAAAUUUGUAUGGAGAAUGCUAAUCAGGAAAACCGUGAUGGAGCUCUCUCCUGGGCCUCUGUAAUUUCAUUGACCAAACAGAUUAUGACAGAGAAAAACUUUUUAUUUUUUGUAACAAUGAACUUCUUCCAAGUCUUCCACUUAGCCUUCUGCAACAACUUUAUGAUGAUCUUUGCAGAUAAUCUUAUUCCUAAGGAUGUCCUUUCUUCCUCAGUAAGAAGUAUCAUGUAUGGAGCAGGCUUUAUUUGUCCCCAGUGCCUUGUUCUUCUCAGUCAUGCUUCGUUAAAGAAGAUUGGUUAUUACAGAAUCAUCUUGUUUUCCUUUUACUUUGAAGGAGUAGCUGCUGCUGUCAUGUUUGUUCUAGGGCCAGAACACUACUAUCUGUUGGCAUUUUAUCUCACAACAAACAUGGUAAUUGUACAGGCUUCAUUUAGUUUGUUCAAUUUGCCUUUGGCAGAUAUUGUUGAUGCAGAUCUAAUAAAGCACAAGCGGAGAUCGCCACUUUCCUCUAUGGUUUUUGGUACCAACGCUCUGUUUACUAAGCCUGCACAGUCUUUAGCGCCAAUGCUUGUGGUUACAAUACUAAAUCAAUUCGGAUACGAGGACUUGAAUAAUGAAGUUGCUCAGCUUGGUCCGAGUUUGUUUUUAGGUCUUCAACGUGCCAUGUUCUAUUUGAUCUGUCUGGUUCCACUGUGCAUUGCAGUCAUCCAGAUCCUGACCUGGACUCCCUUUUCAAUCCAGAACAGUCACAUCACAGCUGUACGCUAAAAGUGUAACAGUUGGUUAGUAAAUCUUCUGCUGAACUGUACCACAAAAGAGUUAGUAUGCUUUAAAUGUGAAAAAGCAAGAUGGCAUUAUACGGACCAUUAGACCAAACACGGUUUGAGCCAUUCUUCAGUCUUUAUAGAGUAUAACACAGAUCACAUUCAGCCCUAAUGCUGCGCCUACACAGAGGUUUUUCUGCUUCAGUUGUUUGCCUUUUAAUGGGCUUUACACUUAAUUACUGAAUUAAGUAAUUUCUGGUACAUACUUCUCACUGUUAACUCCUUUGAAGAAUGGAUAUGGCAGAUCCUAAUCCAGCACCUGAAAUUCAAGGGAAUGGUAUUUCCUUCAGACUCCUGAAACAUACUGGCUCAAUUUUGCCCUACUGAUAAAAUGGGAGAUCUCUGAAGUUAAUGUGGAAGAGCUCAGUGGAGAUCCCGCAUGGAUUGCAGGGAGAUGAAGAGAAAAAUUUAGAUAGCGUCUGGCUGACCAAUAUGAAGACAAAUCUGACAGUUACCACGGGAAGAGCCAAGACUAAUUAACUACGCUGUAAAAGUCUGUAAAGCUAAAGAAGAAAAAGAUUAAAAUGCUGUCCAGUAUAGUGUUGAUAGAUAUGAAAAAGUUCCAUACGUCUUCACUGGCUCUCUGGAUGUCUCUAGUUGGUGGUGGGUAGAUAUAGUUUUCUGGCUUUAAAUGGGAAAAUGAUUUUGAAGGUACCAUGUUGUUGGUACUUUAUGCAGAAUAUUCUAGUGGUAAGGAAAGCGUAGUGUGUGCAGUUACUUGGACAAAUCUAAGCACACACGUACUGAAUCAAACUCCACUGGUUAGCAGCGUUACAUUGGCAAACUCAUUUAAUGUGCUGACAUUUGAAGUUAAUUUCUUAUUAAUCAAGUUAAAUUAGUUAAUUUCUGAUUAAUUCUUACAAAAAUAUUUUCAGUUAAGCUUUUAAAUUGAAACCUUGUGUUUUUUAUAAAAUACAGGGUUUUUUUGACAAAAUUUCAGAAACAUUGAGUCCUCUUCUUAUUUCAUGUGUAAUAAGAUACAUUAGCAUCUUUACACUACUCCUAUAUAAUAAAUAUUCUUUUUUUCUCCAAUAUAUUCAGUGUCUAAUUGUGUAAUGAUAGGUAGUUUAAGUAUAGUAUAGCCACUUCAUUUUUGUCCUCUGUUAUGCCUGGGCAAACAUAAUUUUAGAAGCACCUUUGUUGAGGAGUGUCAUUCACUGCUUUGUAUGUAGCCUGAUUUUACAGUGGUGAGCCAGCUAAUUUCCACAGCUCUACAUUUAUUGUACUGUAAAACUUAGGGAAAAAAAAAAAAGGAAUAUAAUAAUUUGCCCUGCAUUUUGGUGGACACUAGUGUAAUUUAAUGAAGAGUUUUGAAAUUUGAAAUGGCAAUGUUGAAAAAAAUAGCCUUUUGUGUCUCAGUUUUUACAUUUGCAAAGGAGAAGCAAUGUUGUUUCCUUGCCUUUUUUGAAGUGCAAAGUGCUCUCAAAGCGAUGAGUGAAGAAGUGGGAUAACACUGUUAAAUAUUUAGAAAUCCGAAUGAACCCUUUGAUAGGAAUAUGAAGAUGUAUGUUAAAAUGCAAGAAGCCAGAAGUGUGAUGAAGUUUUAAGUUGCGUUAUCUGUUUUUUAUCUCUGUCUUGUCAGAGAUACCAUUAUUCAUUUGCCUUGUACAUGCUAAUAGCAUUAUGGACACAUACUAAUGUCACUUGUAUUUACAUGUCCAAAGAAUAUUUACACUAGUACCAGAGCAGAUAUGGACUGUGUGUUUAUAUUCUAAAUUUUAAAAGAUUUACUGCAUUGUAUGUAUGCAUUUUGUGCCUGAAAGGCAGAAGGAGCAAAAGCCAAAGGACGGGGAUCUGAAGGAAUUUAAGUUAAUGUAAUUUUUGAUUCAUUAUGUGAAACUGUCUUCUUCCUGACAAUUCCUUUAAAAUGGUAAUUUUAAUGGUUUUAUUUUUCUUUACUGCUUCUAUAUUUCCUAAAUUUCAUAUGUUCAUCCUAUCCUCAUAGAAUAUAUAUUUUGACAGGUGAAAAUGUUAGUGUUCCACAAAUGGAGUUUCUAAGAUGACAGUGUUUAUUACAUAGUUCUAAUAUUAAGUUACUAGAAUAUAGUGUGCAGAGAAUGCUGUAUGAUACAACAGGAAAACUCAUUUGUGGAUUUAAGAGUCAAAAUCAUACCAAGAAUUAUUUGAAAUUAUCAGAAUUAUUUUUUUCUGGAAAAUGCUUGGUAAAAGGUAUCAUUUUAUUUGUUGGAAUAAGAAAGGAGUAAGGGGGUGAUAUGGCUGAAGGCACUGUUUGAAUAAAACUGAUGCAUCUUCAGAAUUAAGACAGGAGAAGUAAAUAGUCAGAAAUUUCUAAGCAAGACAGCCUUAAGAUAUAUUAACAGCAUAGAAUAAACUAGUUCAGAAAACAAACCUGAGAAAUACAAUACUAAUGAUUUCAUGUGUAAAACAUUAAUAAUUUUGCAAAUUUAUUAUUUAUUAAUCUCCCAUUUGUCUGUCUUAUUUCUCUCGCGGUGAGGGCAGGAAGAAAGUGUCUUUCAUCACACCAAUAGUCAAUCAAAAGAGGACUGGAAAGCUGCUUGAAAUUCAGGUGGUGGUUUAACUACAAGAAUUAGUGAUAGAAGAUUGGUGGUAUGUUAUGAUGGACAUCACUUAUUCUCCCAUUUCUCUGUCUCCCACUAAACUUUGUUAUCUUCUGCUAAACCUACAUGAUUGGGUUUGUCCACAAAUCAAGUAAAGGAUGAGCAGGGGCAAAAGUUCAGUGUCUUGCAACAGCUGGUUUGUCUGCUUUCUCUCCUUAUUAGCUAAGAGUAUCUGAGCUGAAAGUCCAGCUGCUAGAAAAAUGUUCCCAUAUAAUCUUGAUGAUUUACGUGUCU